AUGGUUCUUUCGCCCGACGCCAUCAUCAUUACGCCAAUGGAAUAUUCAUCAAGCUUCAGAUAUGACCUUAACAGGAUUUUGCUCUUGCAAAGGCUGGCGCGGGGGUGGUUAGCUCGUCGUCGGGUCAAACAAUUAAGGAGGUUUACUGAGCACAGUACUAGUCAACAACAAAAGGGGUGGCGGGGGAGUGUUCCAAUGGCGGAACUAUAUUCCCGACUGGAGAACUGGAGGAAAAAGCAAGUUUCUCAGAUCAACGCCACUCUGUCAGGGAAAGCACGCCGGAGAGCUUUGGUCGCUCUCUUGGAUAAAGAGACGGAGCUCAGAUCUCUGGAAGCUCACAGAUCACUACAAUCAGCCAGAAGAAGAAAUGCUGCCAUUACUCGCUUCUUGGAAGAGGUGUCUCGGGCACAAGUUUGGGAGGUUGGCGGCGAGACAAGGGGAGAAGUUGAAGUGGAGACACCAGAGACACGCCCAGUCAGAGACCUGGCGGCUUUAGCAACGGCACUUCAACAGGAUGCAACUGUUCAAGUGAGACUGAACCAACUCAAGGCACUUGCGGCAACGGUAGAACAUUUCCAUCCUACGCGUGGUGAUGCUAUGGGAAGCAGACGUACUGGACAGGAAUUGUUUAACCUGGCUCGUAGAGGAACUCAUCUCCUGGUCAGAGGGACGACGGAAGCACGACUGAAAGGACUACGGAAACGACUGCAUACAUUAAUCAUCAACUACCUCCAUCAAGUUCAGGGUCGGGAAAUAUCUUCCAUCGUGGCUCCACGAACUAUAAGAGCUGCCGGAGGAAAAGCCGUCCUGGCACACGGUCGAGAGUGAAAGUACUCUGUACUUAUCAGGAAAUGCGGUUCGAAAUCACACCUUACAUGUUAGAAGCUCUAUAUUGACCGGGAUUGAAUAUGAAAUACCACGAAUUAGAAGAGCGUAUAUUUCACAGAGUUUCAAAAGAUCAUAUCACCUCUUCAGUGUUGAAAACACUGAAAAUGAGACGUAAAAUCUCAAAGUCUCUGUUCAAUACACUCUCGACUUUGCGUUUAUGUUUUUAAUAUUUGCGCAUUAAACAUAAUUUUGUAGUCAAAUCCUGUAAAUCUCAAAAACUUGUUUUUUUAGGUUGUAUUGUAAAAGAAAACAAGAAAAAAUAUACAAAUUAAAUACCAACUUUAGAUUUAUGGAAAACUAACAAUUACAGAAGAAUUUUUUAAUAUUAAUAAGAAACACAUAUAAAAGCUACAAAAUUAUCAUCUAAAGAGAGUUAGUUGUUUGCACUACCAGGAUAAACUAAUUCAUAACAAUACUUCAUGAUUAUAUGAUUUA